AUGACUAUGAACACAACCGUAAAAAUGUUCUCCAAAAACAGCUCACAUACAACCAGCCAUGCAGCUUCUAAUAACUCAUAUCAAGCUUGUGAGACAGCCGACUCCGCUGUAGAGGUAACAACGAAAGCGGUGGCUUAUAUUUUCAUUUUCCUGGUCUCGUUUUUCGGAAAUAUCUCCAUUCUUGUAGUUAUUUACAAGAACAAGCAGCUACGAAGAUCCAUCAACUACUUAGUUUUCAACAUGGCUGUAUCUGACCUCUUCAUGCCUUUGACCAUCAUGACUGUGAAGAUCGUUGAGAUCAUUUCAGGCUCGGAAUCCUGGAAAGUUGAUCGCCCGUGGCUGCUGGGAAACAUUCUAUGCAAACUUGCCUACUUUCUGUCAGAUGUUUCUCUUGUGGUUUCUAUAGGAAGCCUUCUUUUGAUCUCCAUAGAGAGGGUCAUCGCUGUCGUCUUUCCACUGAAGGCCAAACUUAUCUCCUCAAAAGUACGAUUGAUCAGCAUUCUAAGCACGUGGUUUGUCGCCAUCGCCAUCCACGCACCUUAUUUCUACAGCUUCAAACUGAUCCCCUACGAAAAUGAAAUGUAUUGUAUCAUGAAUUGGGGACCAGCAUUCGACCACGUGAAAACGCACAGAGGAUUUGUUACGGCAACUUUUAUCACUUUCAUCCCCAUUCCCAUUUGUGUCCUGGCUAUUCUGUAUGGUAUUAUCGCAUGGACAAUAAGAAAAAAGAACAAAAAAACUAAAGAGAAAUUGUCCUGUCACCAAGGCCAUCGAGAUCAACAGCUAAGGAAAAUUGUCAGAUUGGCAAUGGCCAUUAUGAUCUCCUUCGUUUCCUGCAUGACUCUUCCGCUUAUCUAUUUAUUUCUUAAAAUUUUUCUGUGGAAUGGGGAAUCGCCACCCAUUUGUGCAUUUCAGACAAUUCUCCCGUUUAUUUAUGUAUUUCUUGUGCAUUCAUGGAGUGCAGUUAAUCCCUGCAUUUGUUUUAUCUUCAGCAAGAACUACCGCGAUGGCCUUAAGCAAUGUUUUCAUUGUAACGGCCUCAGUCGAAGGUUAUCAAGUUUGCUAGAGAACUACCGAAUGCGAAUGAUGACGAGCUCCCAGGGAGACAGCUCCCUUCAGACCCAUUCAAUUAGAGUACACAUUAUCUCGUACAGCAGAAACGCUUAA